CUGCUCGUGAACCAACACGGAAGAGCAUGAUGUGCAAUGCAAUGCCCACAAAACAUGGGAUAGUAGGAUUUAACGAUUGGGCAGGUUGGUUCUGGCAAGAUGAGAGCCAGUCCCAGGCCUGCUGUGUCCCUUAUAAAGGGUGAUCCGGUACAGCCAUCCCAUGAUUCCCAUCACUGCCAGAUCUCGAUGCCUCCCAGGUUCCUUCUUGCCUACCUACCUACCGUGACUCGCCACCAUCAUCACUUCCUUCCCCUUAUAGCCUGCGAUCCAUAGUAGGCUGAGAGAACUCUCACACGCAAACCCGAGAGUCCUCAGACAUCAGACACCAAACCCCCCGCCGGUAACAGCAGCCAUGAAAUCCACCGCGUUCAACCCGGACAAGGACGUGCCUCUGCUGACGGGCAAAGUGAUCCUCAUCACGGGGGGCAACGCGGGCAUCGGCAAAGAAGCGGCCAUCAAGUUUGCCAAGCGGGCUCCCGCCGAGCUAUGGAUCACGGGCCGCAGCCACGAGCGCAGCAAGCCCGCACUCGCCGAGAUCCAGGCCGCCGCCGCCCCGGGAGUUUCCGUGCGUUUCCAGCAGCUCGACCUCGGCUCUUUUGAGUCUGUGAAAUCGGCCGCCCGCGCUGUCCUGGCCUCGGUGUCCCGCCUGGAUGUUCUGAUCUGUAACGCGGGAAUCAUGGGUGGUGCUCUUGGUGUGACGCAGGAAGGGUAUGAGUUGAGGUUUGGGACGAAUCACAUGGGCCACGCGCUGCUGGUCAAGCUGUUGGCCCCGCUGUUGAGCAAGACUGCAGCAACUCUCACAUCGCCAAAAGAAGUCCGCGUCGUGGUCGUGGCGUCCGAGGCGCACAAAUACGUCCCGAAAGAGGGGAUCCAUCUGGACAGGAUAAAGUCGGACGGGCGGCCGCUGACGGCCAUUGACCUGUAUUCCGAGAGCAAGCUAGCCAACGUGCUGUACGGGCAGGAGCUGGCCCGGCGAUUUGCUGGGCAGUUCACCGUCGUGCCCAUCGACCCGGGCCACUUUGCUACGGGCCUCUACACCUCGAAGGGGGCGGGCAUUUUUAUCGGUCUGCUUGGCGUGAUGGUUAGGUUUAUUGGGACCUCGAUGCGCGAGGCGGGUAAGAAUUAUCUGUGGGCGGCAACCUCGUCUGAUGUUGUGUCGGGCGAGUAUUACAGACCGGUUGGCGUGGGCGGUGAUGGAGGACCGUUUUCCAAGGACGAAGCGCUGCGGAGGAGGCUUUGGGAGUGUACUGCGAAGGAACUCGAGGGGCAUGUUCUUUGACUUUGUUCUCUUCACGUUCCAUCAAUCUCAGCAAGUAGUAGUAGAACCGUUUAAAUCCGUCCAACAUCUAGUUUGGAUGUU